UACAUUCAAUGUAAUAUUAAGAAAAUGAAAUAUUCAAUGUAAUAUUAAGAAUUGCAUUGCAUGGUUGAAAUUUAUUUAUUAAUGUUUGUAGUGAUAAUUAAGAAGUGUAUUUCGCUUGAAAUAAUAUUUUUACCUUGAAGUAUAUUUAGCGGAUUUUAAUUUCUUUGGUAAUAUUUUUUAACAAUAAUGUAAUUACCUUGAACUUGGAUUGAUAAAGUCUUAUCUCAUUUCUAAAAAACAAAAUUAAUUACACGAUAACGAUUCUUUACACGGAUUAUGGCAACUAAGUGGGGUGUAGUGAGUGCUGGUAAAAUAAGCCAUGACUUUGUAACUGCUGUACAAAGUAUGCCUAAAGGAGAUCAUGAAUUUAUUGCAGUUGCUGCCAGAAAUUUAUCUUCUGCUAAAGAAUUUGCCUCAAGUCAUGACAUUCCAAAAGCAUAUGGAUCCUAUGAAGAGCUAGCAAAAGAUUCAGAUAUUGAGGUUGUAUAUGUUGGCACUAUCGCUUCACAUCACUAUGCUGUUGGAAAACUUAUGCUUGAGAGUGGAAAGCACGUUUUGAUGGAGAAACCCAUGACCUUGAAUGCAAAGCAAACAAAAAAUCUCAUAGAAAUUUCAAGGAAACAGAAGCGAUUUCUAAUGGAGGCAUUAUGGAGCAGAUUUUUUCCAGCUUACAAAUUUUUCAUGGAUCUCAUUAAAAGUGGUAAAAUUGGGGAUGUCGUGCACAUAAGUGCCAACAUCGGUAAGAACCUUCUUAAAAAAGAGAGGUUAAUGAAGAAGGACCAGGGAGGUGGCUCUAUCCUUGACCUUGGUGUUUACACUUUGAAUGCUGUUACUAUGAUUUACGGUGGUGAUAAACCCACAAAAGUUGCAGCAGUUGGUCAUUUAAGUGAAGAAGGUGUUGAUAUUAUGCAAAGUACAAGCCUCUUAUACACUAAGAAUCGCACUGCAAAUGUUACCUCAACUCUUCUUGCACCCUGCAAUAAUGAACUUGUCAUAAUUGGAACUAAAGGAAUCAUUAAGGUAAAAAAUCCAUUCUGGUGUCCGACUGCUGUUGAAACAGCAGAAAAAACUCACGAGUUCCCGUUACCUGAUGCUAUACGGCCCUUUAACUGCACCAAUAGUUCUGGUCUAAGAUAUGAAGCAAUGGAAGUUAGAGAAUGCCUACAGAAAGGAAAACUGGAGAGUUCUAUUUUGCCUCUUAAAGAUUCAGAAACUCAUGCAGAAUUAAUGGAUGAAAUCCGUCACCAAAUUGGUUUUUAUUUUGAUGAAGAUUAAAUAUAUUUUACCUAUAGUGUGUUUGAAGCUCCAUGUUAGCUCCAGAUAUUUUUAAUGUUGUAAAAAUAUAGAUAUGUUUCUUA